AUGAACAUGUCAGUGUUGACUUUGCAGGAAUACGAAUUCGAGAAGCAGUUCAACGAGCAUGCGGCCAUCCAGUGGAUGCAGGAGAACUGGAAGAAAUCAUUCCUAUUUUCAGCUCUGUAUGCUGCCUUUAUAUUUGGUGGUCGGCACCUAAUGAACAAACGAGCAAAAUUUGAACUGAGGAAACCACUAGUGCUCUGGUCCCUGAGCCUUGCCGUCUUCAGUAUAUUCGGUGCUGUUCGAACUGGUGCUUAUAUGCUGUACAUUUUGAUGACCAAAGGCCUGAAGCAGUCAGUGUGUGACCAGAGUUUUUACAUUGGACCUGUCAGCAAAUUCUGGGCAUAUGCAUUUGUGCUAAGCAAAGCACCCGAACUAGGUGAUACAAUAUUCAUUAUUCUUAGGAAACAGAAGCUCAUCUUCUUACACUGGUACCAUCACAUUACUGUGUUACUUUAUUCUUGGUAUUCCUACAAGGACAUGGUGGCUGGCGGUGGCUGGUUCAUGACCAUGAACUAUGGAGUACACGCCGUUAUGUACUCUUACUAUGCCUUGCGGGCUGCUGGCUUCAGAGUCUCACGCAAGUUUGCCAUGUUCAUCACCUUGUCGCAGAUCACUCAGAUGUUGAUCGGUUGCGUGAUCAAUUACCUGGUCUUCUCCUGGAUGCAGCAUGGCCAGUGCCAUUCCCACGUGCAGAACAUCAUCUGGUCCUCUCUCAUGUACCUCAGCUACUUUGUGCUCUUCUGCCAUUUUUUCUUUGAGGCCUAUAUCGGCAAAACUGGAAAAGAAAGGAAGGUUGACUAGUGGUAGAACCGAGACAGAAGCCAUAGCUCAGGGUCAUCAAGAAAAACAAAAUUAUAAGAAAA